GAGCCCAGGAGCUCUCCAGGCUCUGGGGAUUGACCUCAGUUAUGGGAAAGACCUGCAUUUCCCAGGGUUUUCCAGCAGCUGCCUUAUUCCAGACCCAUAGCCACUGGCAAAGACUUGUUGCACCAGGAGCUGGAGUCAGGAACUGUGGGUUGAGGUAGGAGCAGUGAGGACAUCGGGAUUCCUGACCUGACUUGCAAGGACCGGGGCAAGACCCAUUUUGAGAGAAAUCCUCCCACACCCAAGUGGGGCAAACAGCAGCAGGCAGAGCCUCCGUGAAAAGCAAAGGCUGCUACAGGAGGAGAGGGUCAAAAAAAGGAAACGGAACGGAAAAGGGCUGCUCCUGUGACAGCGAUGCAGCUGCGGAGGUGGAGCAGCAGGCAGGUCACAAACAGCCGCGCACGAGGAAGUGCUGGGACACCAGCCAUCGUGGCCAGGCUGCAGCAGCUCCAGGUGCAGCAGAUCUUUGCUGAGAAGGACCAGGAGGCAACCAGAACUGCAGGGACCUCAGCCAGGACCUGGAGAUCCCCUUUGCAGGAGUCGCCAAAUCUUCCUUCUGCCAAGCUGGUCGGAUUCUCUCUCGUGCUUCCUCUGGAAGCCCUGUGGUCUGCUGGGGGGGCACCAUGGAGGCAGCAGCUUCACCAGCUUCACACAGACUUAACCCAAACCCCUAAUAAGGGGUUUGGAGGAAAUCCAUCUUGGGGAAGAAAACUGCAGCACUUCACCAGAUUCGUUUGACAGGCUGGGAUUUAAUCAAACCCUGGGAUCUCCAGAAGUGCUCCUUGGGGAAGUGGAAAUCAGACAGAACAUCUCAGCAGCCUUCUCCAGAUUGUCAUCUUCUCACACAACUGAGCUCUGCCAAAUUAUCCCCACUUCUCGACUGGCAGGGAGGGGACAUCAGUGUCCCAUCAGCACAAGCUGGGCUGUGCCCUCCCUGGUGAUGACCACCGAGGGACACCUUUCCUGAACGUCAGUGUCCCGCAGGAGCAGAGGGCGGCCCUCCAGGUCACACUCAACGAUGUCACUGUCUGUGCGCCCGCAGCGCCGAGUCCUCGUCACCAAGAUCAAUAGGAGCCAGUCCUUCGCCGGAGUGAACUCAUCGGCCGACCGGCCCUUCAGGAAUCUCUCACCUUUCACCCCCACUGUCUCCCGCAAGACUGGCUCCAGGGUCAGUAGGAUGUUCUCAAUGUCCCACAAAUCCCCACCACCCAAGGUGCCUCAGCCCAACCGCCUGGACGAGGUGUACGAAGCUCUCAAGAAGGGCCUGACAGCCUACCUGGAGGUGCACCAGCUGGAACUGGAGAAGCUCAGCACACAGAUCCGUGAGUCCAAGAGGAAUUCACGCUUGGGCUUUCUCUACGAUCUGGAUAAGCAAGUGAAGUCCAUCGAGCGCUUCCUGCGUCGCCUGGAGUUCCAUGCCAGCAAGAUAGAUGAGCUGUAUGAGGCUUACUGCAUCCAGCGGCGGCUCCGUGAUGGAGCCCACAACAUGGUCAAGGCUUACAGCACGGGCUCGCCAGGCAGCCGGGAGGCACGAGAGAGCCUGGCCGAGGCCAGCAAGGGCUACAAGGAGUACACAGAGAACAUGUGUCUGUUGGAGAAUGAGCUGGAGAGCCAGCUGGGCGAGUUCCACAUCCGGAUGAAAGGACUGGCAGGCUUUGCCCGGCUUUGUGCUGGUGACCAGUAUGAGAUCUUCAUGAAGUAUGGACGGCAGCGGUGGAAGCUGCGAGGGCGCAUCGAGGUGAACAGCAAGCAGGUGUGGGACAGCGAGGAAAUGGUUUUCCUGCCCCUCGUCACUGAGUUCCUCUCCAUCAAGGUGACCGAGCUAAAGAGCCUGGCCAACCAUGUUGUGGUGGGCAAUGUGUCCUGUGAGACCAAGGACCUCUUUGCGGCUCUGCCCCAGGUAGUGGCUGUGGAUAUCAAUGACCUGGGCACCCUCAAACUCAGCCUGGAGGUGACCUGGAACCCCUUCGACAAGGACGACCAGCCCUCAGCAGCCAGCAGUGUCAACAAGGCUUCCACAGUGAACAAGAGGUUCUCCACCUACAACCAGAGUCCGCCUGACACGCCGUCCCUGCGGGAACAGGCAUUCUAUAGCCCGGAGCGGGCGGCUGACAAGCGUGGUUGGUCCUUGCUGGACAUCUUUCGGGAGACACUCUUCGAGAAGCUGUCUCAGAGCUGCUCCUGCGGCGAUGUCUCCUCGGCCGAGCUCGGGAGAUGGCCGCAGCAGGGCCGCAACAUGCUGCGGCGCCAAGAGGAGCUGGAGAACGGCACAGCCUGGUCCAUCUCCUCUGAGUCCUCGGACGACUCCUCCAGCCCCCAGCUGUCCAGCAGUGCCCGCCAUGCCACACACAAGCCCAUCGUGCAGCCUGAGGUGCAGGCCUCCGCCCCUGCCAUCGAGAUCUCCUUCUCCCAGCAACCAGAGGAGGCUGACGCUGUACUUGGGGCCAGUGGCAGCAGUGUCCCCCCUGCUGGGAGCCAGCCAGAGGAGCCAAGCAGCCAUAAGAAGGAGACAGUGGCCAACGGGCAUGUGCCCUACUCCCGGACUCUGAGCCACAUCAGCGAGGCCAGUGUGGAUGCCACAAUGGAGGUCAAGACUGUGGAGAGCCCUUGGGAGCCUGCGCCCAGCACGGAGGACACAGGGAUGGGCGAGCAAGACUCACACCCUGUCCCUGGUGCUGCGGUGGCAGCUGCUGUGGCAGGGCAGGACAGGGCCACUGAGGCCAAGCCUCGCGCCUCCGUGGCAUGGGCCACCUCCUGCGAGGAGGCGGCUGGCAGGGCCGAGCCAGUGCAGAGCCAGGCGACAGCACAAAGUGACUUUGGCACCGGGAUCCCCACAGCACUGGCACAAGCCUCUGCAGAAGAGAGGCCCACCCCAACCCCACCACUGCCCACCAGUACCCCUGAGGUGCCGCGGGGGAAGAUGGUGGAUUCAGGUCUGGAGGAGGCAAUUGGCCUCCUGGGCUCAGCUCUGGAUGACUAUCGGGGACAGUUCCCAGAGCUGCAGCCCCUCGAACGGGAGCUCAAACGUCUGGAGGAGAUGCUGCUGCAGAAGCAAGGCGUCUUCCUCAGCCGGGCCUCCAGCAUCAGCCUGACAGUGGAGCAUGCGUUGGAGAGCUUCAGCUUCCUCAACACCUCUGACAUGGAGGACUCAGAGGGCUCUGAGGAGGAGCCUCUCCAAGAUGAGAGGAGGGCUGGCAGACCUCUGCGCAGCACCAGGGCCCCCAGUGCUGGCGAGAUGGGGGCAGAUGACACCGGAAUGUGCAGUGGUUCUGAGGCCAGCACUGACCCCAUGAGCACCGGCAAUGAGUUCCUGGAUAAGGCUCUGGUGCUUCACCUCAACAACUGCAACCGCCUGCUGCUGAAGCUGGGCACCUUUGGUCCCCUGCGGUGCCAGGAGAUGUAUGCCCUGGACAGGCUGCUGAGGGAGUCACAGGUGCUGGAGAUCGUGUGCCAGCUGACGGAGGAGCGUGCAGGAGCAGCCAGCUCGGCCGCUGAUGUGGUGCAGUUCUCGACACGGAAGGAGGGCGUGCUGCCCCUUUGGGAUCUCUGUGUGGAAGUGCCCAACGUCUACACCUGUCCUGUGGAGCGGUUCCUGCAGGUGCUCAGUGCCCAGUAUGCAGCUCCCAUCAGCGAGCAGCACCCUGGUUUGGCUGAUGCUGUGUGUGUGAAACUGGUGGAGGAGGUGCUGAAUCGGCGGCUGCCCCGGCGGCCUGGCAGCGCCCAGAGCGAGCAGGUCACCAUCUUCCAGUACUGGAGCCAUUUUGAGUCACUCGGUGCCCUGGUGCUUGACACCUACAUGAUGGAGCUGGCAGAGGAAGCACUGCUGGCACAGAACCUCAACUCAGACGACCAGGACGUGGUGCUGCGUGCCCUGAAGCGCAUGCCCGAGGGCCGCCUGAAGAAGGAGGGGCUGAAGGCGCUGAGCCUGCUCCUCGUGGAGGGCAACAGCAAGGUGGUGAGCGCUGUGUCAGCCCAGCUCCGCAGCCUGGCAGAAAACCCCCGCUUCCGCCAACGGGCCCUUGUGUGCUUCCUGGAGCAGCUGGAGGAUGAGGAGGUGCAGACACGUGUGGCAGGGUGUGCAGCGCUGGGCUGCUUGAAGGCCAAAGAGAGCAUUGAGCAGCUGGUUUACCUGUGCCAAACCGACAAAGAGCCUGUGCGGGAGGCAGCCAAGCAGAGCCUGAUGUUGUGUGGAGAAGAUGGUAAAUCAGCUCACCGGCGACUGGAGGAGACCCUGGAUAGCCUCCCGCGGAUCUUUGCACCAGCCAGCAUGGCCAGUACAGCUUUCUGAGACCCACGCACACCCACCUGCCAUCCCUGAGAGCAAAGGCACUGCUGGGCCGCCCGGGCUUGCACGGACUGGGGACCCGGCAGCCCCAGCAGCUCCCGCUCUCGGCAGCACACCACAGUAUUACCCCGCCUGCCGGCAGCUCGC